AGUUCCUUAGCAGCGUGCUAGCUGCUAGUCAGCUAGCUGCUCUGCUGCGUGCUGUGCUCCAUGAAUAGUAUUCAGAUAUGAUGAGCGGUAGGACGAGCGCGGUUGUUGCCGGGGUGUGCGGAGUCCUUUUUAUCGCUUACUGUGUUUACUUUGACAGAAAGCGGCGGAGUGACCCUCGCUUCAAGGAAAAGCUACGUGAACGUAGACGAAAGCAAACGGCUUCGAGUGCAACGUCUGGACUGGCAAAGCUGCCUGACUUGAAGGAUGCAGAAGCUGUUCAGAAAUUCUUCCUGGAGGAAAUUCAACUUGGCGAGGAGCUCCUAUCACAAGGUGAAUUUGAGAAAGGUGUGGACCACCUGACCAAUGCGAUUGCAGUGUGCGGUCAGCCUCAGCAGCUGCUCCAGGUGCUCCAGCAGACGCUGCCGCCUCCAGUCUUCCAAAUGCUUCUCACCAAACUGCCCAGCAUCAGCCAGCGGAUCAUCAGCUCUCAGUCUUUAACAGAAGAUGACGUAGAAUGAAUGUGAGUGAAUGCUUUUACUGUUCCGUAAAGGGAUUUCAGACACUGAUAUUUGUGCACUGUUUGGUGUGUGUGACUGUGGUUAUGUGCGAGUUGUGAGCCUGAUUAUCACAGAGUUUGAUCUUUGGACAUCAGAUGUCGGCAAUCCCCCUCUGUCGUAGCACUCUGUGGUUAAAGAACUUUGCCAAGGUUACGUUUCUGGGAAAUGCUAAACACAUUCCAUCUUUCUUGUUUCCCACCGGGUUUCAUGUUUUCUUGCCUUCUAUUUAAAAAUCAUUGUAUGUUGUCUUUGGGGGGGGGGUGGGUGGGUGGGUGGGGGAGGGUUGUGGGUGGGGCGUGAUGAUGGUAUGUACAAAAUAAAAAUCAAGAUAUGCAGAUGAUUUGUUACAUGUUGCUGCACUGUUGACUUACAUGUGAAAUGUGUGUAAAGGUGUCUACACUAAACCGAACCCUCUCCAGUGGAAUACUAUCAUAUUAGAUUUUCGGAAAUUCUUCUUGCAGUGGCGGUUAAAUGUUAUUUUUAUAUCCCAGUCUUUCAUAUCUGGACAUAUUUUUGUGUUUUAAAAAUUCUACAAUAAAACAUGAAAACACCCUU